AUGGACGGGUCUUCUCGGGGAAACCCUAGUCCUGCUGGUAUUGGCGGCAUUGGUAGAGAUAGCUUGGGGACCAUUCAUUUUUUGUUUUCUAUUUGUAAAGGUUGUCACACUAAUAAUUUGAUGGAGGCUCUCGCCAUUUUAUUUGUUGUGGAGCGUGCUUGUGAUCUUGGCUGGAGUACACUCAUUUGCGAAUCAGAUUCUCAGGUGGUCGUGAAUUUGUUGACUCAACAACAUUCUACAGAUGUUAGCUGGCAGUUAAGUUUGGUUGUUAACCAGAUUCUUCAUUUGUGUGAUUCUUUGGUUUUUGUUUCUUUCAAGCAUAUCCCUAGGGAGUGGAAUGGUGUUGCCGAUUGUCUCACCAAAUGGACUUCUGAGCACAUGCAUAAUUGGUAUAUCGUGGAUAAGGGUCAAUUACCCCUAGAUUUGUCUCAUUAG